AUGUCUCCCAUUAUCGAUUGCAUUAAGGAGAGUAAGUUUCAGUGGACACCCGAGGCUGAGAAAGCAUUUUUGAUCAUUAAGGAGCGUCUGACUUCAGCCCCGAUACUUGCGUUGCCUGAUUUCACAAAACCUUUUGCAUUACAUUGUGAUGCCUCUAAAUUGGGUAUCGGAGCUAUCCUCAGUCAGGAAGGAAAACCAGUAGCUUAUUUCAGUCAGAAGUUGGCAGGGGCUCGUGGGAGGUAUAGCACUUACGACGCAGAGCUUUAUGCUGUUGUUCAGGCCAUUCGUCAUUGGCGACAUUAUCUGUUUCAGCGAGAAUUUUUCUUAUACAGUGAUCAUGAAGCCCUUAAGCAUUUGUCAAGCCAGGAGUCUGUAUCUGCCCGUCAUGCAUCAUGGGUUGCCUUUUUGCAGCAGUUCAACUUUGUCAUUAAACAUCAGGCUGGUUCUUCUAAUCGUGUGGCAGAUGCGCUCAGUCGGCAGCAUGGUUUACUGCAAGGGCCUCAUUCCUCUUUUCUGUUAGAGGAUGGGUAUGUGUUUCGAGAUGUUCAGUUGUGUAUACUAGAUUGCAGCCUUCGUCUGAAAUUGAUUGAGGAGUUUCAUGGUGAAGGUCAUGUUGGGCGAGAUCGUUUACCGUGCACACAACAUGGUAAUGAUUCCAUCUUUGUGGUGGUAGAUCGUUUUUCUAAAAUGGUGCACUUCAUUCCCUACAAGCGCACCACUGAUGCUGUCAAGGUUUCUCAGCUAUUUUUCAGAGAGAUUUAUCGGUUGCAUGGGUUGCCCACUUCCAUCGUGUCUGACAGAGACACGAGGUUCAUCGGUCACUUUUGGCGGAGUUUAUGGAAGUUAGUUAACACGUCACUUAAUUUUAGUAGUGCUUAUCACCCUCAAACUGAUGGGCAAACAGAGGUAGUUAAUCAUUCUUUGGGUGACUUGUUGCGGUGCUUGAUUGUGUAUAGUAUUUUGCCUCGCAGCCCUGUUGAUUUAUUGACUCUGCCCUCUAAGACUCGGCUGCAUGGGACAGCUAUUGACUUUGUUCGUAGUUUGCAACAAGUUCACGAGGAAACACGAGCUAAUCUGCAAGAGUCCAACCGUAAGUAUAAAGAGGCGGCUGAUCGGCAUCGACGUCCUGUUGAGUUUGACAUUGGGGACUAUGUUUGGGCGGUACUGACUAAGGAUCGAGUGCCAUCUCAUGAGCAUUCGAAGUUAUCACCUCGUACCAUUGGUCCAGUGGAAAUUGUGGAGAAGAUCAACCCCAACACCUAUCGCUUUCGACUUCCUUCCCAUAUACGGACUUCUGAUGUGUUUAAUGUAAAACAUCUUUUGCCAUACCAUGGAGACAACGUGGGAGAUAGUGCUACCGAUUCUGAUUUGAGGGCGAAUCCCAUUGAUCCCGGGGAGAAUGAUCACGUUUAUGUGGAGGAACAGGCAUUGGUAUAUAUGGAACGGUUGGAUGGUCGGCUUUUAAAGAAAUUGAUGUAA